GGAAUGGGAGAAUGCACCGCGGCCAGUUGCUACCCCACCCCCGCUUCUGUCAUUCCAACCGCCUGACGGUCUGUUUGUGACAUGUCUGCUGCGCUCCAACGGAACGCAACGCUAUUAUGUCCCUGCCCGGUGAUUCCCCCGUGAUGAAGAGCUCGAUGCCUCGUCAGCUGCCAGCGCCAGCUCGCUCACUGGCCGAUGUUUUCUCCCGGUCGCUUUUGUCGUUCCAGAACUCCAGCUCCAACCUCCAGAUCCUCUGCACUGCCGGUCCGACAGAACAGCAACACCAUGGAGCUGCGCCAACCCAAGGUGACGAUCAGCCCGCGCCGCUGUCUCCGCGCUCCCGACCACGGACUCUGAUCGUGCUCGACUCCUCCUUCAACCCGCCGACCCGGGCACACCUGCGCAUGGCAACGUCUGCCAUCCACGAUCUUACACACACGCACGGCCAGCCGCUGGGGACACUGCGGCUGCUGUUGCUCCUGUCAGUGAACAAUGCCGACAAGGGAGUCAAACCGGCCGCAUUUGACAAGCGGCUGGCCAUGAUGUGGGCGUUCGCCAGGGACGUGCAGCACAGUUUUCGAGGGGUGCACGAAGAUGAAGAUGACGGACAGGGGUUGGCAUCGGUGGGUGGACCUCCUCAGGCCUCGGCGGGUGCGGGGGAGACGCCGUUGCACGUCGACCUCGCCCUUGCGAAGAUGCCGUAUUUCCACGAGAAGAGUGCGGCCUUGGCCGGACUGGACUUCUACAAGGGCACAAACGAUGGCGCCGGCGAGACGGAGCAGGUAUUCCUGGCGGGCUAUGACACGCUCAUCCGAAUAUUCAACCCCAAGUACUACGGCCCCCAGGCCGAGUCGGCAACACAACUCGCGAGCCCCGAGUCGUCACCGAUGUGGAAAGCUCUCGGCCCGUUCUUCGGCCGCGCGAAGUUGCGGGUCAUCAUGCGGACCGGGGAUGAGUGGGGGAAUGAGGAGCAACAGAGAGCUUAUCUGGAGGGCUUGUUGAAGGCGGAAGGGCUGGGCACGGGACUGGUGAGCAAAGGCCUAGGCAGCAGGAUCGAGAUGGUAGACGGACGCAAAGCAGGCGAGGACGUCAUCAGCAGCACGCUGGCGCGGGCCGCAGCGAAGGCUCGGGACGGAGACAGACUCGGCUUGAUGGUAACUGCUGGUGUGAGGUGGUGGAUAGAGCAGGAAGACCUGUACACUGAGCCAUGAGGACGCGCUUUGUGAGCUCAGGGGCGACUCAAUCCCA